AUGAAGGACAUAAUCAGAAUUCUGACUGCGCUCACUGUGCUGGUUGGAGGCAACGGAAAACCACAGAGCGGAUACUGCAUCGGGAGUCAAUGUUUUGCGGUGUUCCAAAACCGCGCGGACUUCCAAACCGCUCAACAACACUGCGAAAGACAGCACGGGAAUUUAAUGACAGUCAGGUCCUCCGUAUCUCAUGACAUUAUAUCAGUCUUAUUAGAUAGUUUAAAUGGAUACUUCUGGAUUGGUUUGCAUUUACAAAGUGGACACUGUCCCGUCGACGAUUCUGAUUUGCGAGGCUACAAGUGGAUAACGGGAGAUAACGCAACCGACUUCCAUAACUGGGGAACCGAGGACACAGCCUGCUCCGACAGAUGUGUGUCGGUGUCCAACAGGGGGUUUAAGUGGAUUGAGCAAUCGUGUAACAAAGAGAUAGCAGGGUUCCUGUGUGAAUAUUAUUUUGAAAACAUUUGCAACCCUUUCGUUGUAAGCGGCGGCGAGUCGGUGGAGUACAUGACUCCAUUAGGAUUCCGAGGAGAGGAUAUGGCGUCAUUACCACCAGGAUCCACUGCCAUACACAGUCAACAUGAAUCGAAAUAUAUUUGUCUGUCUGAGAAAUGGAUGCAAGAACCAUGGCACUGUGAGGUAACCGAAGGAGGUUGUGAUAUCGACUGUUUGUCAGUGGACCCAAAUGUAUGCAUUUGCCCUCCUGGAAAAGUACAGAACGAUAAUAAUGUUACAUGUGAGUACGCGACAACCGACCCUUGUCUUGACUUUGGAUGUGUGCAAAUGUGCUACCAAAAACAGGACGGUCUGAAGUCGUGUUUCACGUUGGCAGAGAGCGGGAAAGUACGCAGGGAUGUCAACACAUGUGUGAAAGAGCUACACUGCCCUGGCGACAACUUUGAGUGUGUGAACACUGCAGAUGGGUUUGAAUGCCGGUGCCAAGAUGGAUACAUGUCAGAAAACGGCAUGUGCGUCGACAUAGAUGAAUGCAACGAAUUUCUUUGUGAACACAAAUGCACCAACACCAAAGGCAGCUACACAUGUUCGUGUUAUGACGGCUACAUUACCGUGCCCACAGACCCUAACAUGUGUAAGUUGCAUUGCCCCUUUGAGGAGUGUCCCGCCGAAUGCGACCCUAACAAUAAAGACCAAUGCAACUGUCCGGAAGGUUACAUACGUGACGAUAGAGACGACGAGGGUGUGUACUGCCUGGAUAUUAACGAGUGUGACAUGUUUCAGUGUGAACAACAGUGCAUAAAUUCGUACGGAAGCUUCGUGUGUCUAUGUGAUGUGGGGUACGUUUUAGUUGAUGGAACCAACUGUCAAAAAGAAACACUCCCCACUGUCAACCCCUCGUGGUUCACAACACCGUCCGAUGUCCACACUCCACCUCUGAUGAACUCGACAUCCACUCCCUCGGUUGUCACAGCGGGGGGUCUGCUAGGAAUAGUAAUAUGUAUAGUCAUUGUUAUUUUAGUAAUGGUUUUAUUUGCCCAUUAUUUCCUAAAACAACGCGGCCAACUACAGACUUCAAGUGCCCCCAAAACUCAAGGAGACGAUUUGCACGAUUUACAAGAAGUAACGACAGAAAAAUGCCAAGCAGUACAAGAGUGAAUUAGAAAAGUAGACACUUGAUUUGAAAUGACAGAUAAUUGUUUUUGACUAGGCGUGAUAGUGAAUGUAUAAGCGUGUGAGUAACUGUUUACACUGUUAAUAACUUGCAUUGGACGAAUGUUAAAUUCAUGCCUGUUGUUUUUGUCAUGUUUGAAGCCUUUAGGUAAAUAUGUUUACACUGGGUCAGAAUAUAGGCUAAUAGACAGCAGUCACGUGUAAAUACGUAGCCUUCAAUGCAAGAUCCACGUUUGGGAAUAAUCAUUUAUCAUGCUGUAAAUGACCUGCAUUGCCAACACAUUGCUCAUGUGUAGGCCAUACAUUUCUUUGUGGGGAGAGCGCCACCGUGUGUAUUAAAACAGUUUGCAGUGUUAUUCUCGUGUUUGAAUUGUGUGCUACAGAAUUUUCUCUACUUCGAUAGUCCCACAUAAGCUACAGGCCUACUAAUUUCUAAAUGUGAAACGAAUGGAAUCUGUUCAUAGUUAGACAGUUGUUUUUGCCGAUACAUUUAGGCCACAUUUUAUUCAUGUAGCAGACGCUUUUAACCAAAAAGUAUCGCGUAAUACAUGUU